UACUAUUAGAGUCAAGUCUCAAACGGGAAACGAGUUCGUUUGUGCCAGUGAACGGAUAUCGAGUUGAUCGCGAUAAGGAUAAUUGACUAGGGCCUGUCGUCAAUUGGUGUUUGUCAGUACCUACGGAAUCUGAACGGACUGAGCGCGCAAGCCACUCGAUUCUUACUUGUCAGUCAUUAUCAACCGAAUUUCUGGAAUUUAACGUCCCAUGUUCACCCAGCCAACAUAAAUCCACUGAAUUAUUUAUCAAGACGACUUGGAUAAAUUCUACUUAGAUCUCAGGAAACCUUCAUGGAGCGAAGCAAUUUCCUUGAGUCUCGGCUGGGGAGUUUGUAAGAAGCCUGGUCUAAUGCUUGCCGGGAGACAGUCGGAUGACAAUUCGGUGAGGUGGUUUUAUCCGAGAAAGAAUAAAUAAGGAUAAGGUGCAUCAAGCUGAUCAGUUAAUAAGUGGAUGACGACUGCUUGCGAUCUAUAACAAAUCGACACUCCACACAGCGGAAAUGCAAGAGCAUGAAAUAUACUCAACGUUAGAUCGUUUCGCUGAAAAGCAAAGCAGAAAACGCGAACGAGUACGCAUUAAUGUUAGUGGAGAAAUGUUCGAGACGUUUGAAGAAACCCUGGCACGAUACCCGAGCACCCUUCUGGGGUCAAAAGACAAGAGAAGCCGAUAUUUUAACUCGAAAAGAUGUGAAUACUAUUUUAAUCGCGACAGAGUAGUCUUUGAUGCCAUUCUGUUUUACUAUCAGUCGCCAGGCAUAUUAUCAAAACCGUCAACGGUUUCCUACGAGAUCUUCUUGAAAGAGACGGCAUUUUUUGAGCUGGAGAGUGAUUCAUUGGCCAAAAUAGAUUCCUCGGUCAAAUGGUUUAUCAACAAUCAACGAAAGAAAAGAACUCUACGAGGGAGGAUUUGGCAGUCGUUGGAAAACCCUGUUACACCUGCUGAACGAAUCAUAAACGUUUUCUCUGGACUAUUAACCCUCUUAUCAAUGGCCGCUCUAUGCUGGGAAACCCUGCCUGAAGCCAGAAAAGUGAAUUUUCAAUUAGACAAUAAUACGCAUUUCAAUAACAAUAGAGGAACAUUUUACAAAGAAGACCAGUUUUGGUUUCUCGCGGAGUCGAUUUUUUCAGGAUGGUUUACGAUCGAAUACUUUGCGCGGUUUGCGACAGCACCGAGGUCUUGCUAUUUUCUAUUCACGUUUUCAGGGAUUGUGGAUUUUCUCUCGAUACUACCGUUUUAUAUUACUCUAAUCCUCGAUAUAUCGCUAUCGGAUACUAGUAGGACUUUAUUCCCGUUGUUGCGCGUUGUUCGUUUGAUACGAAUACUGAAACUAAAGCGCUAUAGUACAAGCGUACGUUUGCUCUUCGAGACCAUUUUUGAUAGCCGAGAAGAACUCCAAGUGUUCUUUUUGUGUUUAAUAUUUAUAACUGUAGUUAUGUCUAGUGCCAUUUUUUACGUCGAAGGUUUGGGAGAGAAUUCGCAAUUUGUGAGCAUUCCCGACGUAUUUUGGUACUCUGUAGUCACGCUCUCUAGCGUAGGAUACGGAGACUACGUCCCGAGAACAGCCUUUGGGAAAGUAAUCGCGGCGCUGUUCUGCAUCAGUGGUGUUGUGGUUAUUUUCUGUUUUUCUCCUGUUCUUUUUGCCAAGUUCCGUCGAUGCAGAUAUCGAUUAUUUCGGGAGCAGAUUGAGCUUCAAAUCUACAGAGAGGAAGCGGAAAGACUUUAUAAUCAGAACAACCCAGGCGAACACUUGACUAUAAAACCAAAAGAUGAAAAGUUGCGGCGUAAUAAGAAGUGAAAAAAAGUCACUUAGCUGGCUAAAGAUAUAUUCAUUAACAACCACGAGCGCUCAGUUCGAUAUUUCUUUAAUUCAGACAUUGAGAUUGCUAUCUUUACUUGGAAUAAUUGCAUCAUGAAUAAAACUGCCCCCUCAAAAAAAGAAAAAAAAAAAAAACUUAAAGCCGAAAUGAUGUAGCUACUGUUUUUACGCCAUGGUGUUGCCUACGGUCCGUACUAAAGCAACUUGAGAAUAAGAUACAUCGUACGAUAAGAUAAAUAGAACAGAUACCUUAAUGUUCCAAAGAAAAUCGAAAAGUGCUUUCUGAAGGGGAGAUCUACGAGUCUAGACUUACCACAAAGAAUACUGAUCAAAAUCAUUCAUUUUUUUAAAGAAAGAAAAAGAAAGAAAGAAAAAUGGCACGCAUGGUGUGUUUCCCGCCUCGUUGCGCUGCCCGCCUUGUUGCGCACAGCUUCUUUGAAAAUUUAAUAAUCGAUUGAGAAGCAUUUUUCUUUCGACCAAGUUUUCUUUUAAUAGCUCAGUUAGAAGUUGUAAGCAAUAAACUACCUAAUUAGUUGGUAA